AUGAAGUUAAGUACAUGUACGGGGCUGAAUAAGGCACACAAUGUGGUUGAAACGUUGGAAGAUCUAGAAUCCAAUAUUCGGACUGAGAUAAGUGAUGAUUUCGUGAAAAAGAUGUUAAUAUUAUCUCAUCUUGUGUUGUUUAUUACCUUUAUUUCUUAUGGACAUACAACAUUAGACGAUGAAAUCUUAUAUGAUAUCACAUGGCAACCAGAAUUACCUGAAUUAGAAAUAGAAAAUGAGCUUAUUGUUGUAUCAAAACGUAAAGAAAAAUAUGCUUGUUCAUUGCCGAAUGUUCGAACAACUCAACCGAUGGAUACUUACUGGUCGUACGAAUUAUGUCACGGAAUGCACAUUAGACAAUAUCAUGAUGUUAAAGUUGCUGGAAAGAAAUCAACAAUUCAAGAAUAUUUUCUUGGUUAUUAUCAAUUUCAAAAACAUGACGUAAUAAGCGAUGAGGAUGGUAGACAAGUCAUUAAAACUCAUCAUAAAAUUAUUGAAGGUCGAAGUACUCCAGCAUUACCAGUACGUUAUACACAUGGCACACCAUGUGAUAUUCAUUCGAACCAACCUCGUGAAACACUUGUGCUUUAUGUGUGUGAUGACAAGGGAAAUGAUGCUGUCAUAAGUAUUGAAGAAGUAUCAUCAUGUUAUUAUGAGCUGAUUGUUGUCUCACGUUGGCUGUGUUCAUUACCAGCAUUUACUCCGUUUGAAAAAAUACGGCAGAGUAUUAGUUGUUAUCCGAAAGAAAAUGCAUAUCAAAAACCGAGAAAUUUAAAAAAACUUGAAUAUAAAAGGCAACAAUCGUGGAAAACAGGCGGUCAUGCACAAUUUACUGUAAGUUUUUUACACCAAGAAGGUGAUUUAUACAUUUUGAGUAAUUUAACAUUUUUUGUUUUAAAGAUGACUAUUUUAGAUGGAUCAACAGUUAUUGUUUCAUAUCAAUUUUCUGAAGAACCUGAUGUUGACGCUAUUGCCGAAGCUGUUAUGAAAACGACUUCAAAAUUAACACCACAGUUCUUAGAACAACAACAACAACAACAACAAACUGACGACGAACAAACACAACCAACUAAUUCUCCAUUACAUGAAAACACCAAUCGUGUUACAGAUACGCCUAUUACUGGCACACUUGGCAGUGAUGUCGAUAAAGAAUUUAUUAAAGGUUUUUUAUCUGGACGGGAAUGUCUGCCGGGAGUACAUCGUACAUCAAUUUUGUUGGGGAAAUGGAAUGAAGAAAAACAUAUUGAAUGGAUAAAUGCUAAUCCAAAAAAGCGUCCAUUAGCAAAUAUAAACGAACGAACAUUUAUAUCGCUUUAUUAUACAGAUGGCGAUAUAUGCGAUUUAACAAAAAAACCACGUGUUGUUGAAGUGAAACUACGGUGUUUACAACAGACAGAAAAAUCUCAUGCAACAUCGGUCUAUCUUGUAGAACCAGAACCUUGUUCAUAUGUCAUGGGGCUUUUAGAUUUAAGUACAACAAUGGAACAAUUGAAGAAUUUUAUACGUUUUGGUUUUAGUUCAUCCCCUAAAACUCGUUCAAACGUCAUAAAUGAAUUGAUUGAAUCAUUCAAAAUCAACGAUCUACCUGAUCCAGCAUUAAAAAUUCUUGGUCAAGCCAUUGGUCAAUUGAUUCCAAUGUAUACUGAUACACCAUCAAAAGUAUUAUUAUCCAAUUUAAUUUAUGAGCUUGUCUUGAAUUAUAAACAACGUUCAAUCAAACCAAUUGUUCAAUCAUUCGAUAAUUUAUCUCAUACAUCAUGCAAAUUAAAUCCACAUCGAAGCGUUCAUACACAAGCUGAUUAUAGUUUAGUCUAUCUAAUUCGGUUAUUAACUGCAUGGGAAAAGUGUAAUAAUACCAGUGGCGAUGGUAAUGAUGAAGAAGUGAAUAAAUCAAUAAUGUUGAUUUUUGCUCGGUAUUUAUGUACCAUUUUGGCUGAUUCAUCAUCACCCGGAAUGACUGUUGCUAAUAAACGUAUUACACAAUUAUUCAAACAGAUUCCAUCGUUAGUUGAACGUUGGUUGAAAUAUUUACAAUCAUCCGAACCUGAUUUAGCAUAUUUAGGACUAACAAGUGUUUUACUACAUCAUUUUAAAACAUCUGAAAAUGACAAACAACGUUAUGAGGAAGCGAAAACACUGGGUAUUGAUUUAUAUUGCAAAUUAGUUCUUGGCACUCGUACAAAACCGUAUGAUUCAGCUUUGAAUCCUUGUAAUGAGAUAAUUGAUUCUAUUGAUCUGAACUCGUUUAACACAAAGGUAUAUCCAGUAUUAAGUCGUUCAUUAUUACGAAAUCCCGAAGUAAUUAUUGAAGGUCCGUUAGUGUCAAAAUCUGAGUCGCUCGAAAAAGCUGCAUUGGACUGUUUUCGAUCAUUAUCUAGACAAAUAAGUUCUGGUGAAGUAGUAAUAGAAAUAACGACAUAUUUAUUCAAUGUUCUUCAAGGUACAGAUCAAAAAAUUGGAAAAUUAUCAGUUAUUAGUCAACGUCAAAAUAUACUGAGUGCAAUUGGAACAUUAAGUUUUUCAUCAUCGUCAAUUUCUCAACAAGCAAUUUUACAAUUACUUGAAAAACAUUUUUAUCCACUGAUUCAGCAAGAAGUACAUGAAGGACUCAUUUGUCAUAUGCUACAACAAAUGGCUGGAUGGUGUACACGACUAAAUACUGUACAACCAAGCUUAACAGAAUUUUUCAAGAAAGGUCUUGAACAAAAGUCUGCUUCAUCGGUCACACGAGUUGCUUAUUUACAAUGUAUGCUAGGAACUUAUAAAGAAGAUAAUUUACUAUUAUUGAUUCCAAUACACCAGACGUUAGUACAGUCGUACGAACGAGGUAUUAAUCAGCCAACAUUGAUUAGUUGUGUACACGAAGCAUUAUUAGUCGCACUUAUUUUUGUUAGUAUUGUUCAAAUUGAUUCGAGAUAUGGUGUACAAACUUAUUUUCAGUUUUAUGAAAAAUUAUGUGUUACUCAAAAAAUUCAAAACAUGUUUCCAUACACCAGAACAUUUAUUAAUUUAAUUAUGAAUACGUCCUAUGAUACACGAAGAUAUGCCUAUGAUAUUUUAAGACGUCUUGUUAAUAAUUUACAAUCUGAAACAGAUAUAUGCAAUAGUAUACUCGAUUCAUUAACAAGUUAUCUUGAACAUUUAUCUCAAACAAUGAAUGAAACGGCAAUGACAAUCAACGAUGAAACAAAUACAUAUACAAAAGCCAUGAAAGCACUUGAAGAAACACUAAUUUGUUUGGCAACAGCAUUAAAAACACAAUCAGAUGAUGUCAAAGCAGUAAGACCGAAUAUUGAUUGUUUGUACAUCACAGCAACAUUUUUAAAUGGAAUAUCAACACGUUCUAUACAGUCGUUACUUGUUAGUACAAAAUCAUUACUUGUUUGUUGUUUAAGUUCAAAUACAUUUUCAAUAACGGGAGUAAAUCUUUGGCAAAAAAUUAUUUAUUAUAUAUUUAAUAAAGAUUACAGUAAAGUAAAUGAUUAUUUACAAAAUAAUGUUGAUAUUCUUGUUGAUACAUGUACAACAAGUUCAAAUAAUCUACUAACUGAGACUCAAAUGGAUGCAAUUAGUUUAUUGUGUUCAUUACGUCCUUUAUUAUUUAUUCGAAAGUUUUUAUUAUCAACAUUUAAUCGGCUUGAAUCAGAUCGUUAUCGUAUGGUUACCAAACGUGAUUAUGAGAUUAUGCAAACACCUGAUGGAGAAUUAUAUGAUAAAAAUUUAAUGGAAACAAUAUUAAAACAUGAAGUAAAAGACACGGGUAAUAUUAAACGUGAGAGUAAAAAUUAUUCUUAUAAAGAGCAAAUGGCAGCAGUGGAAUUAGCAAAAGAAAUAUCGAAAAAGAAAAAUGAACCACAUCAAUUAAGUAAAAAACAAGAGGAAAUGUUACAAACAGCCUUGGAUAAUGAAAGAGUUAUACGUACAAAUGUUAAAAAGAUUGAUUAUGAUGCUAAAAAUGUUUUUUUAAUUUUAACACAUAUUAUUGAUGGUGCACUAGAAUACAUAAUGCCGUAUAUUGGUGAAAUAUUGUCAAAAAUAUGGCCAACAUUUCAAUCCCCAUUGACAUUUGUUUAUGCAAGAGAUCUUUAUGUUCGUCUAGUACCAAUUGUUUUCUUAGAAGAAGAAAAUACAUUUGGUAAUUCGGUUGCUUAUCUAGCUAUUCGUUUGAAUAGUUUUGAUGAUAAUAUGAUGAAACAACAAAUUGAUUUACGAUGGACACAAGAACCAGUUUCAGCGGCUAUUGAUCGUGUAUUAAAACGUCUUCAAAAACAUGUUAAUUAUGAAAAAACAGUCAAUCAAAUGUGUUUAGCACGUUUAGAUUAUUGUCUACCAUUAUUUAAAAAUAUUGUAAGACAAGAGAUGUGUACAAAUGAAUGGACUUCAAUCAUAUUAGAUAUUUGUAAAGAAUAUUUUUCUUGUGUAUCUCAAACAGAUCAAAAUAAUCAUCCAAGUUUGAUACCACGUCGUGAUUUAUUUCGUCUCUUUCUCGAUAUAAAUGCCACUUCCAAAUCUGUUCAAAUACAGAACGAAGCAACAGAUAUGUUACAAAAGUUAUGUGAGUUAUGUUGUAACUAUGAAACGGAUGAUGAUAUUCAGGUACUAAUAGAAAAUAUAAAAUCUCCAAUACCAAGUGUACGAGAAAGUUGUGUUCUGUCAUUGAAAAAACUUGUUACUCGUUUAAAAUUACAUCCUAAAGUAGAACAUAACAUUGCACGACGAUUAUAUAUUGCAUGUGAAGAUCCAGAAGAACGUGUUCAAAAAGUAGCCUCCGAAUUAUGGCCAGAAUGUGGGCUAAAUGUGAAAUAUGAGCAUGUUCAAAAUUUUCUUGAGGAUGUGAUAAACAUUGAAGGAGCUGUACGAGAUGCAACAUCACGAGCAUUACCAAAAUUACUACAAUCAUCGUACCCUGAAUUAGUGCCAUUUAUUUUGAAUGAUCUCUUUGAAAUUCAUGAAAAGAAAAAUGAUCUACCACCACCGGCUGUCGAUCAAUUUGGACGUUUAAUACAAACAAAACAAAUCGAUACAUGGGAACCACGUGCCGGCAUCGCUGCUUGUCUCUAUCAUAUGGCACCGUUAGUUGGUAAUAAUAUUCAAGAUUUAUUUCAGUUCUAUGUGCCAAAAGCAUUAAACGAUAGAAAUGAUCUUGUUAGCAGUGAAAUGUUAAAAGCAGCAACAAAAACAAUCGAUUUACAUGGAAAAGAUAAUUUAAAUAUGUUACUACAAAUAAUGGAAGACUUUCUCAAACAAGCACCUAAAACAGCUGAUUAUGAUUCUGUAAGACAAAAUGUUGUCAUAUUAAUGGGUAAAUUAGCGAAAGAUAUGGAUAAAGAUAGUGCCAAAGUUAAAAAUAUACUUGGACAAUUAAUUUCAACAUUAAAUACACCAUCACAACAGGUUCAAGCAGCUGUUGCCGAUUGUCUACCACCAUUAGUACCUGCUAUAAAAGAUGAAGCCGGUGUAUAUGUUAAACAACUAAUGAAUUGUAUGUUACAAUCAGAUGAUUAUGCAGAAAAGAAAGGUGCAGCCUAUGGUUUGGCUGGUUUUAUUAAAGGUCUCGGCAUUUUGGCUGUAAAACAGUACAAUGUACUUGAUGAGUUAACAGAAGCUAUUCAAGAUAAAACAAAUGCAAAACGAAGAGAAGGUGCUCUAUUUGGACUGGAAAUGUUAACAACAAUGCUUGGACGUUUAUUUGAAGUGUAUAUCGUUAAUAUAUUACCAAAUUUAUUAUUAAGUUUUGGCGAUAGCGAUGUUAAAGUACGAGAAGCAGCUGAAGAUUGUGCUCGAGCCAUUAUGAGUAAAUUGACAAGUCAUGGUGUUAAAAUUGUAUUACCUGGAUUAUUGAAAGGUCUUGAAUCAGAUUUAUGGCGAACAAAAUGUGGAGCUGUUGAAUUACUUGGUGCUAUGGCUCAUUGUGCUCCAAAACAAUUAUCAACUUGUUUACCAAGUAUUGUUCCAAAAUUAAUUGAAGUAUUAACUGAUUCACAUUUACGUGUUCAAAAAAGUGGAACACAAGCAUUAAAACAAAUCGGAUCGGUUAUUAAGAAUCCAGAAAUUCAAGCUAUUGUACCUAUUUUAUUGGAAGCAUUACAAGAACCAACAAAGAAAACGCAAGCAUGUUUACAUACAUUGAUUGAAACACGAUUUGUUCAUUUUAUUGAUGCACCGUCAUUGGCAUUAAUUUUACCUGUCCUUGAACGUUCAUUUCAAAAUCGUUCAACUGAGACAAGAAAAAUGGCUGCUCAAAUUAUUGGAAAUAUUUAUUCAUUAACAGAUUCUAAAGAUUUAGCCCCAUAUUUACCAAGUAUUUUACCAGGUCUCAAAACAUCACUAUUAGAUCCAGUGCCGGAGGUUCGAGCAGUUGCUGCUCAUGCUCUUGGUACAAUGGUGCGCGCCAUGGGUGAAGAAGCAUUUCAAGAAAUUGUCCCAUGGUUGAUGGAACAUCUAGUAUUAGAAUCGAGUUCUGUCGAUCGUUCGGGAGCAGCACAAGGUCUUAGUGAAGUUAUUUAUGGAUUGGGUGCUGAUCGUCUUGAAAAAUCUAUGCGUGAAAUAAUAGAACGUUCUCAACAAAAUGAUUUAGCUCCACAUGUUCGUGAUGGUUAUAUGAUGAUGUUUAUUUAUUUACCGAUUAGUUUUGGUGAUAGUUUUAUUCCAUAUGUUGGAAAAAUAAUUCAACCGAUAUUAAAGGGAUUAGCUGAUGAAUCAGAAUAUGUGAGAGAAACAGCGUUGAAAGCUGGACAACGUAUUGUUAAUAGUUACGCUGAAACAGCUAUAUCACUAUUUGUUCCUGAGUUAGAACAAGGUUUAUUCGAUGAUAAUUGGCGUAUUAGAUAUAGUUCAGUAUUGUUACUAGGUGAAUUGUUAUUUAAAAUAUCGGGUGUUACUGGCAAAGCUACAACUGAAAGUGUUGAUGAAGAUGAUAAUUUUGGUACGGAACAUGGUUUACAUGCUGUUACACAAGCACUCUCACGUGAUAGACGUGAUCGUGUACUCUCUGGACUUUAUAUGGGUCGAUCAGACAUAGCAUUGACAGUUCGACAAUCAGCAUUACACGUGUGGAAAACAAUAAUAUCAAAUACACCACGAACAUUACGUGAAAUUCUUCAAACAUUGUUUUCAUUACUAUUAGGAUGUUUAGCAAGUUCAAAUUUCGAUAAACGACAAAUUGCCGCUCGAACAUUGGGUGAUUUAGUCCGAAAACUAGGUGAACGUGUACUACCAGAAAUAAUUCCGAUUCUUGAAAAAGGUCUCGAUUCACCACAUAGUGAUCAACGACAAGGUGUUUGCAUCGGAUUAAGUGAAAUAAUGGCAGCAUGCAGUAAAGACUACGUUAUUGCAUUUUCUGGAACAAUAAUUCCUACUGUAAAACGAGCAUUACUUGACCCAUUGUCAGAAGUUCGUCAAUCAGCAGCAAAAACGUUCGAUAAUUUGUAUACAAGUAUAGGUACACAAUCAUUAGACGAUAUAUUGCCAUAUUUAUUGAAUGCAAUGCAAGCAGAUUUGUCCAUUCAACAAAAUGGUAAUGAUGAUGAUAGUAAGAAAAAUGAACAAGAACAACAACGUGAUUAUGCACUCGAUGCACUACAACGUAUUAUGCAAUUAAAAUCACGUGUUGUGUUACCCUAUCUUGUUCCACAUCUAACAGCGCCGCCAGUUGAUAUACGAGCAUUGGCUAGUCUAACUCUAGUGGGCGGAGAAGCAUUAGCAAGACAUUUAAAUCGUAUUAUGCAAGCUGUUGUCAAUCAUAUUGCCGAUGAAAAAGAUGCCACAUUAAAACAACAACAUUUAGCUUAUGCUGAACAGUUAAUUGCGGCGAUCACUGAUGCUGAUGGUAUUCAAAUGAUUAUUCGUGAAUUACAAGAAUAUUGCCGUUCACCAAAACAACAUGUUCGUCUUGUAUCAAUCACAUUGUUAUUUACAUUUUGUAAACAAUCAAAAGGCAAUUAUCAAGAUCAUAUAGAUGAUUUAAUUCGAAUAUGUGUUAGUUUACUCAAUGAUGAUAAUGAACAAAUAUUGAAUAUGGCAUGGGAUUGUUUAGAUAUCAUUAUUAAAGAUCUUGAUCAACUUGAAUUACAAAAACGUUUAAGUGUUGUAAGGCAGGCAUUACGUUCAGUAGCAUCAGAUGUCAAAGAACGUGGACGACUUCCAGGAUUAUGUAUUCCGAAAAAAGGAAUUGGAUGUAUUUUACCCAUAUUCAAAGAAUGUAUUCUCAAUGGUCCACCUGAAUUAAGAGAAUCUGGAUCGUAUGGUCUGAAUGAAGCUAUUUUAUUAUCUGAUUCUGACUCAUUAAAAGUAUCUGUUAUGCACGUUACUGGUCCAUUAAUUCGAGUACUAGGCGAACGUUUUAGUACAAAUAUUAAAGUUGCCAUACUAGAAACACUUAGUACAUUUAUGUCAAAGGUGGGUGUUCAAUUAAAACCAUUUUUACCACAGCUUCAACCGACAUUACUUAAAGGUUUAAAUGAUCCAGCAAGAGCCGUACGUGUUAGAGCGGCAUAUGCAUUAAGUUUAUUAACUGUUAUUCAUGUUAGAAUUGAUCCAAUAUUUACAGAAUUAUUAAAUGGUUUGAAAACAAACGAUGAUAUUUCAUUCAAAGAAACAUAUUUAAUGGCAUUGCGUAGUUGUUUAACCGUUGUGGGUUCAAAAGUGUCGGAUGAUAUUCGAAAACAAAUAUCACGUUCCCUAUUAACAUUACUCUCAAAUGAAAAUGAUAAUUUACGAUUGUUGACGGCGGGAUGUUUAGGAGCAACAUACGUAUUUUUUACAGCCGAUGAAUUUCCAUCUAUUAUUAAUGAACUUCUUUCAGAUGUAAAAUCAUCAUCAGAUUGGCGUUCAAAACAAGCACGAAUUGUUUUAUUAGCAACAAUGUUUAAAGAUAUGAGUCGUAGUGAAAAUGUUGAAAUAUCUAAAACAAAAAUCUUACCACCAUCUGUUAUUGAGUUUUUUUCUAUUCGUGCAUUAGCAUUCUAUAUCAAAUGGAGAAUAGUGCAAAAAUUUGAGGUUGAAAAUCUACCGUUAAACUCUUUAGCGAGAUGUAGUAAUCAUCAAUCAAAUGAUGUUAAAAAUUUAGCCGUUUGUUCUGUUGAAUAUGUGGCUAAAACUGUUGAUGAUUUAUUACCAACAAACGUUCUACGUAUGUUGGUACCAAUGCUUGUUAAUAGUUCAAAAGAAAAGGCCACAGUUGUUCGAACAAAUAGUGAAAUAGCAUUAAUCGCCUUAUUACAAAUGGAUAAAAAUAAAGAAAGUGCUCUUAUAUGUUUAAAUUCAUUGGAUGUUGGAAUGCGUGAAGCAUUACAAGAAGUUAUAACAAAAAAUCUUCAAAGACUUGUUUCACAACAUGAUUUUAAAACAGUUCAUGGAAAAGUGACCGAUAUCGACGAAACAAAUAUUUCUUGA